UGGUGGGAUGAAGACUGCGAAAUGGAGCUAAAUUUUGUUUGUUAUACAGAGACAAAAAAACAUCAGAAAACCUACAAGUACAUUAACAUUUUGAAGACAUGGUUUGAUGCUACAUCAUACUGUAGAAAAUACUACACGAGCCUGGCUAUGAUUGAGAGCGCCACCGAAAACUCUGAGGCUUCCUCUUUGUAUUCAAAGUCUGCAUGGAUCGGCCUGUACCGUAGGCCAUGGACCUGGACUGACCAGACACGAGUGUUGUUUAAAAACUGGAUGAAUGGAAAUCCUGACAACAGCGGUGGGAACUACCGCUGUGUCGCAGAGACUGAUGAACAUCUGUGGGACGAUCUCGCAUGUGACAAUAAGCUCCCAUUUCUCUGCCGUGGAGUUUCCAAACUGAAGACCACAGUGAGGAUGAUGAUCCAGACUGACGCUGACAUAAGUGAUUCAUCUACUAACGACCAGAUCCUCCAACAGUUUGACUCAGCACUGAAAAGUCAUGGAUUCUCUGCCUUCACUCUGAAGUGGACGAUUCAACCCAGGAAACAACCAGCUGGUCAUUUUUCAAGUUAGUCAAAGGUCAUGUUAAACUGCGUUAUUUUUUGUCAUGUUUUAAGCCUGUAAAUAACAAUCAAUGGUUAAAAAAAGUUAGU